ACGACGACCGGUCGCGAAUCGAACGACAUGUCGUCUUAAUACAAAAAUAAUUUAUUCUCGCGAUUUAUUCUCAUCGACCGAUAAUAACAAUACUAUUCGUCACGGUAAUUUUAUUACUAUCACCAAUUAUAUCAUAACAUCCACAUAUAUUACCUAUACGCGUUUCACGAGUUAAAUAUAACCACUGUCGCGAUAAAAAAGUUUCAGCAUACACGCGUAUUUUAGAAGGGUUUCCGAAAUGGAGAGCAUAUACCCGCGACGGGUGCCCGUCAUGGGCAACCUGACGGGCAACGGAUGGACGGUGGCGAGCCAGGAGAGCGUCCUCUCUCUGAUCGUCGUACUCGGUAGCAGCGUGUCCUUGGUCGGACUCAUAUUCGCGUUCAUCACUUACAGUUUGUUUUCCGAUCUGAGGACAAUGUCUGGCACUGCAUUAAUGUACAUGCUGGCAAAUAUGUUUUUGACGCAACUGUUCUAUGUUGUUGGUGUCGGAGGAGUUCAGGAAGAUAAUCUCUGUUUGUGCUUGGCGUUUGGAAUACACUACCUCCGCCUGGCCAUCAUCAGCUGGCUGUGUGUGAUGACGUACGAUAUGUUGAUAACGUUCCGCAACAAUGUGAAUCUCAAUCCUCGACCGGAGCCGGUAAAUGUGCUCAUUUCAAGGUUCGUCAAAUAUAGUUUGUUCGCUUGGGGCGUACCCUCGCUGUCAGUGAUAGCAGCUAGCGUGAUGAGAGUGACCGUGAACCACCAGACCAUCGACAACCUCAACCCGUACAACUGUUGGUUUUUCGAGAAGACCAUCUACAACGUGACGUUCGCCGUGCCGGCGCUGUGCUGUUUCGCGGCCAUCGUCGACUCGCUGGUCCGCAGCUGGCUGACCGCACGGGCCACGGUCGGGCUGCAAGUGGACAAGAAGACCCGGCUGAAGAUGCACCGGAAGCGCACGCUGCAGCUGCACCUGUACGUGAAGAUCGCAACGCUGCUGUUCGCGGUGAACGUGUUCGGUUACGUGGCCAGGAACGGGUCGCCGGCAUCUGACCCGGUGGCGUGGAUCGCGUACAACGUGGGCCACUCGCUGCAGGGCAUACUGGUCGCACUGGCCGUCACGUGCAACUGUCAGGUGCUGAAGAUCUACACGCGGUCGUUCGCCCGGCGGCGGCGCCGGCGGCCGCGCAACGGCAGCGCGACCGCGCUGUUCGACAAACGCGACAACGACAUCAGCGACACGACUUACCUGCAGAACCUCACGUGGGACCCCGUCCCGCUGCCCGUCUAGAGCGUCAUGGUGGACAGCGACGCGGACGAACACGACAGGACUACGCAACUACUAUCAUCCGGCCACGGCCGCGUCCGUCUCCGCCGCGGUCGCGCGUCACCCGAUGAGCGGACAGACAUGGGCGGCUGCGUGAUGAUGGGCUAGAAGGGAGGGAGGGACGCGACAGCAUAUUAUUAUGUAUUAUUAUAUUAUUAUUAUUAUUAUUAUUACUAUUGUAUUAUUGUGUAUUCAUGUAUUAACCAACACCCACACCCGCCACCUACCGACCUACGCACGAUGCCCCCGCCGCUUGAUCAAGCUUAUAAUAUCGUUGCACACGGCCACUUGUCCAUCGGAAAUAAUUCGGUAUAAUAUUCGGAAUAGUGUUUGUCGCGAAGACGUGGGUGCGUGUGCGUAAUAUUAUUAAAAUGUACAAUAUUGUAUAAUAUUAUAGGGACGUAUCAUGUUCUAUGAAAACUACUGUCGAAUCAAUAUUUUAGUAGAUGCAUCAUAAUAUUAUAUAUAGCACAUGCGUUUAUAAAGAAUUUUGAUUCGGGGCCCAAAUAUAUUGGUUGAAAACAAAAUAACCUAUUCAAAUUUAAAAAAAAAAAUCAUUUAUGUUUUAAAUAUUAUGUUGUAUAGAAUAUUGAAAUUUUAUCAAUCAAAAGGUCAACACUGUUAAUUUAAGAUAUUAUUGAGAAAUAAUAUAUUGGCCAUUUACAUAAUAUUGAUAAUGAAAAAUAUACGUAGAACAUUUAGCAUUAUUGUUAGCUCACCGUCCACAAUAUUUAAGCAUUACUACAUUUACACAGGUAAUAAUAGUUAAAGUACCUACUAUGCAAGCGUUUACUGGCUACCUAAAAAUAUACUCAAAUAAAAUAAUGAAUUCAACAAUGGGCCAUUAUAAUAGUAUUAAAAUAUUGAAGUUUAAUAACCACAUAGUAUACUAUAUAUAGGUAGGUAGGUACGAGUCGUAUAAAAAUAAAAAUUUGUCGGUAGGCGUACAUAUAAAUAAAUUACAUCCGAAAUAUGAAAAAAAUGUCAUAAAAUUUGCAGAGAAUAAAACACAAUGUAUGUAGAUUCUUGAUGACUCAUAUAUAUAUAUAUACGAUUACCAAAGCUGUCAAAUCAUCGUAUAGGUACAGCGUACAAAGCGUUUUUGAAUUUCGAUACAAAACAUUAAGUCGUGGACAACCAGACCUUAGAUUUAUGUCACGAUAUUAUUACAUUAUAUAAUUACUAUAAUAUUUUCGCGACCUGUAGUAAUAUCAAAAAUUCGGCUAAUAUCGCAGUCUGCGGUUGAGAUACACGUUGAUCAGUGAUCAAUGAUCGUGCUAUAUUAUAUAGCUAAACCCUUUUCAGUUUGCCGACCAUAUUAUAUAGUGCGUUAUACGCAAAUAAUUAUUAAGUUGGAACUAUUCAUUUUAUUUCAGCCGAAUCAAAUCCCAAUAUUAUGAAUAAACGUUAACCUUGUUUUUACAGUAAUUUGCGUAUAUAUUUUAUUAUAUUAUUAUAUUAUAAUUAUAUUAUAACAUUUAUAAUAUACCUACCUACUAUAAUAUGUACCUGGUACAUUUGUAAUAUAACCUAACAAACACAGCUGUGUUGUAUCAUCUUUAUUACUUCCAUAAUAUAACUAGUAACUACUACCUAUAUUAUAUGUAUAUACUUACCUACCUCUACCUAGUAUCUACAUUAUUAUAAAUGCAUGUCGUAGUAGGUACCUAAAUGAUAUUAUGGUAAUAUAUUUAUCAUCACUUACCUAUAAACUUUUUUUUGUUACUUUAUAUUAUUUUCUUUCUCUUGAACAAUAACACAAUAUGUGCACGAAUAUCUGAUUUAAUUUUAAUACUACGAAAUAUAUGUCAACGAUAAUCAUGUACAAAAUACAUGAAAGUUUAAAUGGAUAAUGUUGUGAUAUUGUAUUUACUAUUUUAUAUAUUCAGUACACAGCGCAGGCACACAAUGGAGUGUUUUGAAUCUCACGAUUUUACUACCAUUUUAAUCCAUUAAAUUGAUUCGAAGUACGAAACUUUAGGCAUGACGCAAGUUAUAUUUACGAACGUAAUAAGUACAAAUGAUUUGAUUAUUUUCGAGUUUUAAAUACAGUUUUAGCUUCUGUAUUUUAGAUUUGGAGUUAACGGAAUUAAGUUAUUUGUUAUAAAAGUUAAAAGUAUAGUAAAUAGGUACAAGUAAUUUAAUAAAUCGUAUAAAAUAAUUGGUAUAUACAUUUCAUAAUAUUUUAAUAAAUAUUUAAUAUUCUAAUGCCGGAUUGCACAAAACAUUUAAUGAAUCAAUAGUGAGCUAAUGGUCCCUUAAACAAGAUUUAGUGGCCCGUGAUUGGUCCAUUAAAUUUUUAGUGAACCGUUAAAUUAAAAAAAUUGUUUACCUAUGCAACCCAGCAUAAAAGUUAAAAAUUAAAAGGUGAAAAUAAUAUUAUACAUACUUUUUUUUGGUAUCGUGAAACCGCUGCAGCGCGCUGACCCGUUGGAGAACUGCCUUCGCUUUGCUUUCCCAAAUAAUGUACAUACUAAACACUCUUUAUUGUCUCUCUUCUAAGAGUUACGAAUUUUCUAAAAAAAAAAAACCAUUUGGAUUACAAAGUUAACAUGACCUAUCCCAGUAUCCCCCGAUGAGUUUAUAUAUGAGUCCAAGUGGAAAAUAUCAAUAUAUCCAGUGAAGGUCACGGGUAAGAGUGAAUGAACCAAAGCGAAUAGGGGUAUAUCGCACAAAUAGAAUAUUGUAUUAUCAUUUAUCAAUUAUAUUAUCAUAUAAAUUGUAAAAUUGUUUUUUUUUAGUUAUAGAUUAAGCUAUUGUUUUUGGUUACAUAUAAAUUAUAAUAUAAUAUAUCAUACAUAAUAAUUGUCCUCAUUUUUUUUUUCAAAACCAUUAAUUUACUUAUUAUAUACCUAUUAUAUUGUAUUGUAUGAUAUUAUGGCACUGUAAGAUUAAUUAUAUAAUACGUAGAGAUAUCGUUAUUAUACAAUAUUAAUGUAAUCAUAUUGUGAUUAUAUAAAACACUAUUUGAGUUUUUAAAAAUGAUUCACUAUAUAGUGCUGUAAUUUACUUAUUUAAACCAUAUUUAUUAUGUAUGUCUAUAAAAAGUCUUAAAUUAUAUUAUU